AAUUUCGUCAGGACCGGGCGUGGCCCAGAGCCGUUCCUCUAGCGCGCCGCGAAACGCUACCGCACUCGCGCCACUUCGACGCUGAGACUUUCUGCAGUUAACAUCUUCAAUCUUGUCUCCUGGCACGAAACUGUCACGUCCGUUCACCAUGUCUGCUUGGACAUCUCUCGUCGUCCUGCUGGUGGCAUGCGCCUUAGUGCCAUGUCAUGACGCAAGGAGUAUUGCAUAUUUACAGCAAGGACUGCAAAAGAUUAGAGCACAGAAUGCGAAGUAUAUGGACGCAGUGGCAGCGAACAACAUUGAUGCAAUCUUGGAACUGUACACCGAUAACUGUCUCUAUAUGCCCCAGAAUCAUCCCGCUACCAUUGGAAAGGAGGGCAUGCGCUCGCACUUGGGUUGGGUUGCGUAUGCUGAAAAGAUCGAGUAUGAAAUCCAGUACCUGGAUUAUUUGAAUACGAACACGGGGGAAGCCCUCGAGUGGAAGACAAUUACAGUGUACGCCAAGACCGGCGACGUCUUGUUCGAGGGAAAGACUCUCAUUAUUUGGACGUUUGAUUCAGCCACCAACAACUUUAAGGUCGGUUUGGAGAUGUACAACAGUAACGGCAAGCAGUAACGAACCACUUCUCCAUAUUGCGAGACGACGAGAUUGCGCACGGCAUAGACAGAGAACGGAUCGACCCACGAUACAGAACUCACAUUAAAUAUAAUUUUUUUACAUGUUUCUUCUGCCUACACUUAAUAGUUUUUAUAGUAAUUUUAUGGGCAAUGUUAUUGGUUUGUGUGUUGGUUGGUCGGUUGGUUAGUGACAUGUGUUUGUCUGUGAACAGGCUAUAACUCAAACAAAUUUGGACGGAUUUUAAUGAAAACAAAUAAUUAGGGGUGAUAUUUGUACAAAUUGAUUAAUUUUUGAAGUGAUCUGGAUCUGCGUCUGGAUGCAGGAUUUUAAAAAAAGAAUUUCUUAACCAUUAUAUGGAAAAACUUUCACCAGAUCGCUCUGACCAGAUCGCUCUGUGUCACCAUCUUCAUGUGCGUGCACUGACCCGGUGACCCUGUACUGUAUGCCUUAUCACCCACCUAAUCUAACCACACAGGUCAAUGGACUAGACCAUUUUAUACAAUGGGGAGUGGAGAGGUAGGCCAACACAGGCAUAUACAUGUAGAGGGGUACUUGGUCCUUGGUACAAGUACAAAUCGAUUGGAUUUUGUUUAUCCUUGGCGGAGGUGUGCGCUCUCCGAGUGUCUUCUAGUAUCCUUAAAUUGACUACCUAUUUGAAUCUAUGUCAUGAUUGAAGUUGGGAUGAGAACGUAGUGUAUGUUUCUUGAUAAUGAUUCGUUCUUACAUGAUGGUUCAUACCAGUGACGUUUUCUCCUUUAACCAAAAGCCUUUUUUAUCCUCUCAAAACCAACUCGGGUGGGGGAUUUCUCCCUUACACUACGCCUCUGCGUUGGUAGUCACGGUCUAAAACUCCUUCAUGGGCAUACCUAGAUCCCGUGCUGCUACAAACAUUCAAUCCGAUCGGAUUUCUGAAUAUUCACAAAGCCCGAGAAUCAAUUUUUAUUGUGUACAUCAAUGGAAAAAAAUGUUGCCGUAUGAUUAAGACAAUUCGAAGAUUAUUCAACUCCCUUGAAAAUGAAGCAAGAAACACAAGUUAGAGCAGCAUUUCAUACCUGCUCUUCAUAUUACUUGUUGGGAUCUCUACUAAACCAAACUUUCUUUUGGGGGUGGGUAGCUAACAAGGUUUGCUUAAAAAUAAAGAAAAGUUUUGCAUCGAAA